CUCCAAGUUAGCAAAGAACAAAAAAAAAAAAAAAAAAAAAAAAUAGCUCCGUUAAGGAUAAGAGCGGGAGCGGAGGGGUGUGCGCGCGUGUGCCGGGGAGAGCCGGGAGCGGAGGACACCGCCGACGGCUCCGCACACUCCUCCCUCCGCGCCAAGUGAAGCAGCAAGUUUGCCGUGCACCUGUUUGAGCAGCUCGAAUCCCCGCCGCCGCCGCGCCGCCGCCGCCGAGCCCCGAAAGUGAUUUGCCAAAGGGAGAAAGUUUUCCGCCGGCGGGGUCGCCGAUCGCUCUCCUCGCGGUUUUCUUCUCCCUCCUCCUCCUCCUCCUCCUCCUCCUCCUCCUCCUCCACCACCUCCUCCUCCUCCUCUUCCUCCUCCUCCUCCUGUUUUUUUUUUUUUGCACGGCGGUCGCUACCUAGAUACAAACGGGUUUUGCCUCGCUCGCUCCCCGUCCUCCCGGGCUCCUCUAUGUUUGAUUCUUUUUUCACGCCUGGCGCCGGUGGAAAAUAAAAAAGCUACUUGAAUGUACAGCAUGAUGAUGGAGACGGACUUGCACUCCCCCGGCGGAGCCCAGGCCCCCACGAACCUCUCGGGGCAGACCGGAGCGGGAGGCGGCGGCGGCGGCGGCGGCGGCGGCGGCGGCGGCGGGGGGAACAAAGCGAACCAGGACCGGGUCAAGAGACCCAUGAACGCCUUCAUGGUGUGGUCGCGGGGCCAGCGGCGGAAGAUGGCCCAGGAGAACCCCAAAAUGCACAACUCGGAGAUCAGCAAGCGCCUGGGGGCCGAGUGGAAAGUCAUGUCGGAGGCCGAGAAGAGACCGUUCAUCGACGAGGCGAAGCGGCUGCGGGCGCUGCACAUGAAGGAGCACCCGGAUUAUAAAUACCGGCCCCGGCGGAAGACCAAGACCCUGCUCAAGAAGGACAAGUACUCGCUGGCCGGGGGGCUGCUGAGCGCCGGCUCGGCCGGGGGAGGCCCGGCCGGCGUCGGCGUGGGCAUGGGCGUCGGCGUCAGCCCCGGCGGCGUCGGGCAGCGGCUGGAGAGCCCCGGCGGCACGGCCAGCGGCGGCUACGCGCACAUGAACGGCUGGGCCAACGGCGCCUACCCGGGCUCGGUGGCGGCGGCGGCGGCGGCGGCGGCGAUGAUGCAGGAGGCGCAGCUCGCCUACGGCCAGCACCCGGGCAGCGGGGGGCACCCGCACCACCCGCACCCCCACCACCCGCACCACCCGCACAACCCGCAGCCCAUGCACCGCUACGACAUGGGCGCCCUGCAGUACAGCCCCAUCUCCAACUCGCAGGGCUACAUGAGCGCCUCGCCCUCGGGCUACGGCGCCCUGCCCUACGGCUCCCAGCCCCACCAGAACUCGGCGGCGGCGGCGGCGGCGGCGGCGGCGGCGGCGGCGGCCGCCUCCUCGGGGGCGCUGGGCGCCCUGGGCUCGCUGGUGAAGUCGGAGCCCAGCGUGAGCCCGCCCGUCACCUCGCACUCGCGGGCCCCCUGCCCCGGGGACCUGCGGGAGAUGAUCAGCAUGUACUUACCGGCCGGGGAAGGCGGGGAUCCGGCGGCCGCCGCCGCCCAGAGCCGGCUCCACUCCCUGCCCCAGCACUACCAGAGCGCCAGCACGGGGGUGAACGGCACCGUCCCCUUGACGCACAUCUGA